UUAGAUAAUUGAAGUAUCUUGAUGGCCAGUGAAAAUCCAGAGCUGCGGUGAAUUUCUGCAUCUGACAAAGCAGAAGCACCAAAGACAGGGCUUUCGUUCCAAGCCUGCCGAGCCUGAUGGCAGGGACGGCGCGGCACGACCGAGAGAUGGCGAUGCAGGCCAAGAAGAAACUCACCACCAGCACUGACCCCAUUGAACGACUCCGACUGCAGUGUCUGGCCAGAGGCUCCGCAGGCAUCAAAGGACUUGGCAGAGUGUUUCGAAUUAUGGAUGACAAUAAAAACAGGACCCUUGAUUUCAAUGAAUUUCUGAAAGGGUUAAACGAUUAUGCAGUGGUCAUGGAAAAGGAAGAGGCAGAAGAACUUUUCCGCAGGUUCGAUAAAGAUGGAAAUGGGACCAUAGACUUUAAUGAAUUUCUUCUCACAUUAAGACCUCCAAUGUCUAGAGCCAGAAAAGAGGUAAUUAUGCGAGCUUUUAGAAAGUUAGACAAGACUGGAGAUGGCGUUAUAACCAUUGAGGAUCUGCGUGGAGUAUACAAUGCGAAACACCACCCAAAAUACCAAAAUGGAGAAUGGACAGAAGAGCAAGUCUUCAGGAAGUUUCUGGAUAAUUUUGAUUCACCUUAUGACAAAGAUGGAUUGGUGACCCCGGAGGAGUUCAUGAACUACUAUGCAGGCGUGAGUGCAUCCAUUGACACUGAUGUGUACUUUAUUGUCAUGAUGAUGACGGCCUGGAACCUCUAAAGGCAUCACCUCAGGAGACCAGUCAUUGGAGACAGACACUAACUCCAGAUGACUACAUCUCAACUCCAAAAGCAGAACCUCUUGAUUCCAUAUUCCUAGAAGUGUUUCUUUCUUGUCAACACGUUGCAUUUUCUAGGUCCAAGAAAGCAGCAGAAAUAAAGAUACUGAAGUAAUUAACCAUAUGU